UCUUCAAAACCCAGUUGAUCUCAACUCCAUACUUCCUACUCAAAUUCUAACAAGAUGUCCAUGCUGAAAACAUCCUCGUUCACUUGCGAAAGCCAGGCCAACCCCUCAACCGAAACUGAUGAAAGACCUGGCUCUGAAGUUCCACAAGUACUUCAUGUGUAUGAGAUCAAUGAGCGUGACCGUGGCAGCCCGGUCUACCUAAGAUUGAGCGGGAAAGAAGUCCACUCCCUUGGCGAUCUUGUCCCUUUGACGAACAAGCUGUACACCGGGGACUUGCAAAAACGCAUUGGAAUCACGGCGGGGAUAACCAUUUUGAUCCAACACUAUCCGGAGAAGCUCAAUAGUGGAGAUCGAUACGAGGCUAUCUACAGCUUCUACUUUGGAGACUAUGGUCACAUUUCUGUGCAGGGGCCUUAUCUGACUUAUGAGGACACCUAUUUGUCUGUGAAAGGAGGGUCUGGAAUUUUCGAAGGUGUCUAUGGUCAAGUGAAGUUGCAGCAGCUUGUGUACCCUUUUAAACUUUUCUACACAUUUUAUCUCAAGGGUAUUUGCAAGAACUUGCCUGAAGAGCUACUUGGGAAGCCUGUGGAGCCUACUCCUGAUGUGGAGCCUACUCCAGCUGCUAGGGCUUGUGAGCCUCAUGCCACCAUUGCUGGUUUCAAUGAUUGA